AUGACCGCAGACACCGUGGUGGGAAGGAGGGCGAGCUACCGCGGCGGCGAGAGUGGUCUUCUUGAGGCCGGGAGCAGCGGUGGGUACCAACAUCUGGAGGUGCAUCCAGCGUCGGCGGCCAGGAAGGGCAAGAAGAACGGCGGCUCCAAGAGGGCUAAGAAGAGCAAGGAGAGCAAGAAGGCCGGACGCGCCAAGAAGCCUAAGAAGAGCAAGGUCGAGGCUAACAAGGGAGGCGGCCGCAGGCUGCUACAAGCGUCCGCCGACGGCGCCCUGCUGCCGGCGUGCUCUAGCCUGUUCGUUCCUACGGGGGCCGGGGACGAACUGACCGGCACGUACGACUUCCAGGGCCACUACAGCGACCGGAGGCCGGUCUACGCCGCUGCAAACGGCAACAAGUUCUUCGCGAAAGAUGAGGAGGGGGUGCCUACCACGUGGUACAUCACCCAGGCGUCGCCCAAUUCCAAGUUCUUCCUGUCCCUCGAAUCGGCCGUUUUCGAGCCGGCCGACCUGAAGGACCCGGAGGACAUGCUGCAACCCUGGGUCAGGAACAACGACCCCACCUGCGGGUCGUGCAUCUCGAAGCUCCACAUGUCGUGCUCCGCCUGGACCGCCGACGUCAUCGCCGCGGCGCCGGUGACCACCACCCCGGCGCCCAAUGACCCAGUCCCCUCUUCGCCUGCGGAGAACGAGAACUCGACGAUGUCCACCGCGGAGACCGUCGUCCCCCCGGCAACAACGCCGGCACCUACCGAUCUCCCCACCGACACGACGAUGGUCGACACGUCCGCGGUCGGCGGCUGCGCGAACCUCAAGAUCAACAACGGCGAGGACCGGGCGGGCGUCUACUCCCUCAGCGGCGUCGACGGCGAGGGCGGGGUCGUCUUCCGGAACGGCCGGCCGAGCUACGCCGCCGUCGGCGCCGACCGGACGGACGUCGUCUUCUCCACCACGAUGAACGUCUGCGCGUCCGGGUACGGCGUGGUGGACGCCGACUGGGCCGUCGGCGUGGAGUACCUGCCCCCGACCUCCACCGUCAACACCGUCUUCCUCAUGUACGUGGCCGAGAACGUCGGCGUGGACACCGCCGACGACGCCGCCGCCUCCUCCGACAACGACGGCUGCGAGGUGCCCGUCUGGCUCCUGGUCGCGGACGGCGCCGAGAGCCUCGACGCCGCGGGGGAGAACACGUUCCUGUCGGUGUCCGGGGUCGACGACCCUUCCGAGGCGACCUCGUGGGCCAAGUUCACGCCGGCGACGAGCACCACGCGCCCGACCCUGGAGGAGAACUUCUGGAUCGACUUCGGCUGCGCGGAUGCCGGCGAGGUGGAGGAGGCGUUGGCAGCAACAGCGGACACGAGAUACGGUGGGGAGGAAGAGCAGGGUACUGCUAGCCUGUCGAGCAACUCUACCGCGCUGGUGCCGGUAGGGUCGGAGCCCAACGCUCGCUGGCUGUCCACCAUGUUCGCUUUGUGAAAUGCGGAUCGUGGGGGUGGGUGCAGUCUUGUUUUACGCCCGGCGUUGGGUUGAAUGGAGGAUCGACGUAGAGUGAUGUAUCGAUUCGCGUGCGUUUGUUUGUGUUUGUUGUGUUAAUUUGUUAAAUGUGUGGAAAUGUGUGGAAUUUUUACUCGGGUUGGUCUUGGUUUGGUUGAAAAAUGCAGCCCGUAUCGUUCCAUCUCACCAAUCAAUGUGUUUCGGUCGUCUGGCGUUGUUUGUUGAUUGGUAUUAUUGUCAUCCCUUUCUCGUGUUUUUAUUUCUUCUGCAUGAUGCGUGUGUUAGUUUUGGCCCUUGGGCGAGGUUCCUUCCUUUGUUUUUCCGUUCGGUGCUAAGAGAGGAGGGAUUUGUAACCGCCGUUUUCUCCUGGGCGUUUUGAUAUGCCCUCGGCUUUUGUUCUCAAGAAAAAAGCAGCGUCCUUUCUAAAAUUAGGACCAGUGCUUUCUUUCAUCGAUCUGUUUGCCGUGAGUAUGGUAUCCGCAGUUAGUUGUGGUAUUUGCUUGCUUGUCGGUGUAUGGCGACGGUGUUGCUUUGUAUCCGACGCUCUUGCAAAGGGGGUGGUUUUCACAUUGGACCGCCUUAGAAAAAGUGUUGUGCGUGUGGGGCGGGCUUGCAUUUGUUUGAAAAUACAUGUGUUUGAUGUGGUUGGUUGCGGCUACGUAAGCGUAGCUCUUUUGAUUAGAGUAUUCUUGCGGCAUCAAUUUGUCGCCGGGCUCCGCUUCACGGUAGCCCGAAACGAUGAGAGAGAAUGGUUAAUAAAAAACAUAUAAAUAACAUUUUUUUGACGUCCGUCAUUAUUGCCCCAUGAAGUUGUUGCAAUCGAGGCCGAUGAUGGCCCUUUGCUCGAUUUCUUGGGCAUGUAUGCGGAGCGGGGGGUUGUUGCAACUUGCGCCUCGACGGCGGCCCGGCUCGCUUGCGUAAGGCGGUCGGGCCUGCCUUGCUCUCGCUCUUUUUCGCAAAAAAACGCGAUCCAUCAUGCGAGAGAGACACGUUCAUGUGUCCGCCAGAAGGAGCCACGACAUCGUCGUGUUUGCGCCUUGCCUGAUCCUCCCACUUGCUGGGUUUCAAUUUUGUUCACAUCAUCGUAAUAUUUUGUGAACAUUGCACGUGUUUCUCCCCCACAAUUACAUCUGGCUUAAGUCACCACAAGUAGAUUUGUAGAUUUUUCAACGUCCCGCCUACUUGCUACGCCGCUUCUGUAGAAAAUUUCUGACCCUUGGGAAGUAAAUCUCGAUUUGGAGACAACUCAUCUGUACUUUCUGUACACUCAACCAAGCAAGUAGUUAGUGUACACGCGACGGCAAGAGAACUCCCCCCCACCAUCUUCUAGGACGGCCGUGGUGUUGAUGGGCCUCAAAUGGCACCACCCUACAAAAUCACGAUCGUACCGCCGGAGCAGGUGAAAAAAAAAUGUUGAAAAUGAGCAGGAGCACGCCGUGGGAAAAAAAAAACAGGAAUUUUGCGGAAUAGAUGUUGGCACCUACCCACCCACGUGAGCUCUUGUAGAGAGUAGGGAGCAGGCACCACAACACAAGCUCUAUUAUGUGCUUCGCGCAAAAACGAGCAAAAAUCCAAGGUCUCACCCUUCAAGCAAAGCCAGCCAGCUCGUCACACCGCAAACAGCGAGCACGCUCCCUACCGGUCUAUCUUACCUCUAGACUAUCGUAGUAAGGCAUACGAGAACGUCCGCUUGCACAUACAUGGAUGCCAAGAUCGCAGCCCC